UGUUCUUUCUCGCUCUGCCUCGCUCUGCGGGACUGCACCCCACCCCUUCGCUCCCCCCACAGUGUCUCUCUCUGUCUCUCACACUCGGGGUGGGGGGGGAUAGUGUUGUUUGUUGUUUCAAGCCAAGUUUGGUCCCACCACUCUCAGGAGAGAAGAGACGAGGGAGCAGACGCUUGUGCAGCCCCUCUUGACGAGGACUUCGUGGGACGCUCCGCUGCGGGGAGCAUCUGAUGGGAUUAUAAACACUCUUUCCAGCUCACUUUUCCCCCUCUGCAUGGCCUGUUGCUGAAAGGAACCUUGUGUUAAGAUUAUUUGUUGGGAGACUUUGAACAAUGAGUGUUAUUUCUGCUUGAGUAUUAAGGUCUCACACCUUCCUCAGUGACACACUUGGUUGGGUUUGACCCCUAAACCCGUCUUUCUCAUGUCCGAGACGAGACGCCAGCGCUCUGUGAUGUGAGGUCUCUUGCCGCCAACGCUCUUUGCCUUUUUAGGCAAGUGCUGAACAAUUCUGCCUCCUUCUCUUCCAUGAAAACAAACGGACCCACAAGUCAUGCCUGGACCAUAAAUCGAGUUUCCACCUUGAUUCACUCGGAGCCCGUUGAUUCUGCACGGAAAUUCUAGGGACGGACUCACCAGCCUGACUUAAUGUUGCAUUCAGCUCAAAUCCUGACGGAAUUCACGAGACUGUUGUGCUUUGCUCUAUUGUUUCCCAGAGUCCCGUCAGAGGGGUUGUGUCUCCUGGUGACAUAACCUAGUACCACACAGAAUGUAAAGCUAUUUUUUUCCCCCCUCCAGAGUAUGCGGUGGCUUUUUGCAGCAGUUUCUCCCUCACAUUUCCAAAUUGCUGUUUUGACCUCAAAGUCGCGAUAAAAUGAUGAACAAAGACUCUCGCUUCUCGAGGAAGAUGCAUGGCAACUUCUCCACUCGCAGGCACUCGUGCAUUGGCUUCGAUGUGGAGAAUGGGUUGUCAGUGGGGCGCAGUCCCCUGGACCCACAGACCAGCCCAGGCUCUGGUCUGGUCCUACAGGCCAACUUCCCCCACAGCCAGCGGCGGGAAUCCUUCCUCUACCGCUCGGACUCAGACUUUGACCUGUCCCCGAAAGGUCCUUCCAAGAACUCAUCCACUGCAACUGACCUGGAAGAAAGCUUGAAGCACUGGGAGGUCAACUGGUUAUCAUCUCGACAUACAGAAGACAUGAUUGUCACACCGUUUGCACAGGUCCUGGCCAGCCUGAGGACGGUCCGGAGUAACUUUGCCGUCAUCACCGGCCAGCAAGAUCGGCCGGCCAGCAAGACUCGAUCCUCGGGCAGCAACCCACCAUCCAUGUGCAAGACCAGUCUGGCAGAGGAGCCCCACCAGCAGCUGGCCAUCGAGACCCUGGACGAGCUGGACUGGUGCCUGGAACAACUGGAGACCCUGAAGACCCGUCACUCUGUCAGCGAGAUGGCCUCCAACAAGUUCAAGAGGAUGCUGAACCGGGAGCUCACCCAGCUGUCAGAAACCAGCCGCUCAGGGAACCAGGUCUCCGAGUUCAUCUCAAGCACUUUCCUAGAGAAGCCACAUGACAUGGACAUCAUGGCUCCCUCUUCUAAGGAGGAGAAGAAGAAGCGACCCAUGUCCCAGAUCAGCGGCGUGAAAAAGGCCACGCACAGUCCCAGCCUUGCACCCUCCACCAUCCCUCGCUUUGGGGUCAAUGCGAGUCAGGAAGGUCUCCUGGCCAAGGAAUUGGAUGACGUCCACAGAUGGGGGAUUGACAUCUUUAAGGUCUCGGAGUAUUCUGGAAAUCGUCCACUCACAGUCACCAUGUACACCAUUUUCCAGGAACGCGACCUUCUCAAGUCUUUCAAGAUUCCCACCGACACUUUCAUCACUUUCAUGAUGACUCUGGAGGAUCACUACCACGCAGACGUGGCGUACCACAACAACAUCCACGCCGCCGACGUGGCCCAGUCCACGCACGUGCUGCUGUCCACGCCCGCGCUGGAGGCCGUGUUCACCGAUCUGGAGAUCCUCGCCGCUCUCUUUGCGAGCGCCAUCCACGAUGUGGACCACCCCGGAGUCUCCAAUCAGUUCCUGAUCAACACCAAUUCCGAGCUGGCGUUGAUGUACAACGACUCGUCCGUGUUGGAGAAUCACCACCUGGCGGUCGGCUUCAAGCUUCUGCAGGAGGACAACUGUGACAUCUUCCAGAACCUCAGCAAGAAACAGGGACAUUCGCUGCGCAAAAUGGUCAUCGACAUGGUGCUCGCCACGGAUAUGUCCAAGCACAUGAACCUGCUGGCGGACCUGAAAACCAUGGUGGAGACCAAGAAGGUCACCAGUUUAGGAGUUCUGCUCCUGGACAAUUACUCGGACCGCAUACAGGUCCUCCAGAACAUGGUGCACUGCGCCGACCUCAGCAACCCCACCAAGCCACUGGAGUUGUACCGCCAGUGGACGGACCGGAUCAUGGUGGAGUUUUUCACCCAAGGGGACAGGGAGCGAGACAAGGGCAUGGAGAUCAGCCCCAUGUGCGACAAACACAACGCCUCCAUUGAGAAGAGUCAGGUGGGUUUCAUCGAUUACAUCGUUCAUCCUCUGUGGGAGACGUGGGCCGACCUGGUCCACCCCGACGCCCAGGAGAUCCUGGACACGCUGGAGGACAACAGGGAGUGGUACCAGAGCAUGAUCCCCCGCAGUCCCUCACCACACCCCGAAGGACCACAAGAAGGAGGUCUGACCGGCGAGGCGUCCGGCUUUUGCGUCGGCGCCGGCAACUUAUCUGACAAGUUCCAGUUUGAGCUGACCUUGGAGGAAGAAGGAGAGUCCGACACGGAGAGCUUGGCCGAGGAGGAGGAGGAGGAGGAGGAGGAGGAGGGCUGCGACGGUUACGGGAUGUCCAGGACUGAUUCCGGCGGUGGAUUCGACGCCAUCCCUGCUCGCCCGCUCCCCACUGCGAUCACUUGCGACGCAACAAGGACGUUUCCGGCACACUCCGAUAAAGACAUGUCAGCGCCAAGAGGGACCGACCCAGAAACGCUGCCCGGGGUCUCGGACGUCCAACUGGACACAUAGCACACCCCUCCUCCCCUUCAGAGUUCCUUUUGACAUUUCUUUUUGACUUUCUCUUUGAUUUCAGUGCCUCCUCAUCUAUGACUCCUCCCCUUGUCCCCGCUCCACGCCACUUUCCACCUGCGUUCCCACCCGGAGCAAGUUUGGAUGUGAAGGAGGCAUGCUUGCACUAAAGACCGAGUCCAGUACGGGACUAGAAUCCAGGUUUCUGUCAGCGUACUAAUGAACUGUCUUCCCGUUUCUAGUUUUUACAAAGCAUCUGAGCGAUUGGUGAUGUGAGGAUGACUCUUUGCCAAGUCUGACAUUGCUAUCCAAUCUUCCAUCCAUCCAUCCAUCUUCUUCCGCUUAUCCGAGGUCGGGUCGCGGGGGCAGCAGCUUAAGCAGGGAAGCCCAGACUUCCCUCUCCCCAGCCACUUCGUCCAGCUCCUCCCGGGGGAU